AUAUUUGUAUAUCUUAGCUUAUAUCAAUCCUAUUAUAUAUUUUUCCACUUAAAAGAAAUUUGAAGUACUUAUUAUCAAGGUACCAUGGCAGCUACCACAAAGAGCGUUGUUGAUGUAGAUUAUCUGAAACAAAUUGAGGGUGCUCGUAAAGAUCUUCAUGAUCUUCUUCAGAAGAACAAGAAGUUCUCUCCCAUUCUGCUUCGCUUAGCAUUUCAUGAUGCAGGUACUUAUGACGCUAAAACGAAGACAGGGGGUCCAAAUGGUUCAAUUAGACGUGAGUUGAGCAACCCUUCCAACAAUGGUCUCAAAGUUGCUAUUGAUUUUUGCGAACAAGUGAAAUCUAAAUACCCCAAGGUUACUUAUGCUGACUUUUACCAGCUUGCUGGUGUCCUCGCGAUUGAAGUAACCGGAGGACCUAAAAUCCCCUUUACUCCAGGUCGUCCUGAUUCUAGGGAUCAACAAGAUGGUGGUGCUCUUCCAAAUCCUAAUGGAGAUGCCAAACAUCUAAGAGAUGUAUUUAAUCGAAUGGGUUUUAAGGAUAGGGAUAUCGUGGUCUUAUCGGGGGCUCACACAUUGGGCCGAGCAAACAGAGAUAGAUCUGGCUUUGAUGGUCCUUUCACGGAGGAACCUUUCAAAUUCGACAAUUCCUAUUUUGUAAACUUGAGGAAGGCUGACAAACCUGGAUUGGUGAAGUUUCCCACGGACAAAGUUCUCGUCGAGGACCCUGCUUUUAAUAAAUAUGUUCAGCUAUAUGCCAAGGAUGAAAAAGCUUUCUUUGCGCACUAUGCUGAAUCACACAAGAAGAUGUCGGAGCUCGGGUUUCACCCACCCAGCCCUGGUGCCAAAGCUUGAAGUCAUUGCAUAUUCAUGCAUGAUAACCUAAUAAGCUAGACUGAUAUCAGUGAUAUGUAUUAUGGGUCAAUGUUCCUAUAUGUAGUGCUAUGGUUUGUAUGUAUCCUUAAUUAAUUGUGAUGAUGUUGUAUUUGAGAUUAAGCUUGAAUAAUUCUCUUAAGUUGUACUAGUAUUAUGUACUGCUACUAUCUUAAUCGUUGGUUGGUA